GCGAUCCUGUUGUAGCUUCACAUAUUUUAUAAAGGUACGCGCAAACAUCAAACAUCCUUCUUAUUCAACUAUAAACGAUAUGACCGCUGCCACCCUCUUCCAUAAUCGACCCGCAGCAAGAAAGCCGUUCUCUUUGCGUGUGAGAAACUUAAGUGAGGAAAUGGAUGUUCCACUGCUAGAACUUUGUCCUAUGCCCACAGCGAAACUUUUACCGCCGUGGCAGUGGCAGCUUAUACAUUGUGACACCUCAUUUGUCGAGAUCACUAAACACGCACCAGAAGCACAUAUUAAAAUGCAUUUCCGACAACUCCAGUCCAACUACUCAUGCGUAGAGUUUUAUACCGACGCUUCUAAGUCGCAUGCAGGGGUGGCUUAUGCAGCCGUCGGACCAUCCUUCUCGGAAUCCGGUGUGCUGCACCCGGAAACAAGUAUCUUUACGGCUGAGGGUUAUGCACUAUUGUCGGCUGUGAAGCAUAUACGGAAGUCAAACAUACAAAAAUCAGUUAUAUUCACAGACUCGUUAAGCGUCGUAAAUGCAUUAAAAUCACUUUUUAGAUUCAGAAACCCGGUAAUAAUUGAGUUGUAUUCCGUUCUGUGUACAGCGUAUAUGUCCAACCAGCAUGUUACUAUUUGCUGGGUACCUGGCCAUAGAAGCAUCGAGGGCAAUGUGUUAGCUGACCAAAUGGCCACGUCAAUUAUAUUGCGCGCUAUUAACCCUACCGCUACUGUCCCUGCAACAGAUCUAAAACCCUUCCUACGUAAGAAACUGCGAAGCCACUGGCAACGCUUGUGGGACACAGAAAUAAAUAAUAAGCUUCACUUGAUUAAGCCGCAGUUAGGUUACUGGCCCUCCGCUACGAGAACACGGCGAACUGAUCUCCUAUUCUGUCGCCUCAGAAUAGGACACACAUAUGGUACCCAUAGCUUUCUGCUGACUGGCGAUGAACCUCCUACAUGUGGUAGAUGUGGCGAGAGGUUGACCGUCCUUCACGUCCUCCUGGAGUGUCCGGAAGCUGAAAGAGAGAGAAAGAAAUGUUUUCCUUUAGCAUACCGCUAUCAUCUUCCUCUACAUCCUAUUAUGUUUCUCGGCGAAGAGCCGCUUUUUGACGCAAAGCCAGUCCUUGGCUUUUUAAAAGAUGUAGUAUUGAAUGUUUUUAGCCCAACAAGUUCAUAGCGCAUCCUCUGUCCAGAAGACGCCGCUAUGA